GGCGCUUUGAUUCGCCCAUUCCCCUGCUCUGCUUGCGGUGGCUGAGGACUCUCUAGGCGGUUUCCAAGAAUUUCUAAUGUGAAAGGAAAAAGCCAGGAAGUGCCAAGGAGGUGCUGCUCCCCAUUGAUUGGCAUUGACCGUUCUGGGCCUUUCCCACAAGCACUGGGUGAAGAUGAGCAGCCUGUCCCGAGCAUGACGUCAUUGGCAAAUGUCAUUGCUUCCCACCAUUCAGAGUGGGUCUCCUUCAAUGAUGAGCUACUCGUGCCAGUUACUUCGCAGGGUGGCACAGAAGAGCCUCUGGAAAAGUGUUUUUCCUCCUCCGACACUUCCUCAGAAGACAACCAUAAUGUGGAUGGAGAGUUUCAGGACCUCUCACACACUGAGCUGAGUAAUGACGUGGACAAGCCUGGGGUGGACUCUGCAUCAGUAUCUCUGCUUGGGAACCAUGUGUGUCCCAAACCUGAUCUAUCUUCAUCUAUCAGUAACUGGGUUCAAUUUGAAGAUGUGCCAUGGACCAGCACUUUACCAGCUCACAUACAAACAGCCCUUCCAUCAAAAGCACCCUGCUGGACUUCUCCCUCCUCAGAUUAUUCUGAGAGACAACCCCUUGCCUCAGAGAGCAGCUGGACGACCAACUCAGAGGACACCCCCUCCUACACAGAUUUGCAGUCGAUAAAUACUGAGGAUCUGACCAGUGGUGGGGCUUCUGCAGCAGACUCAGCUGACAAUUCCUCGUCUUUCCAGGAAGAUGAAGAGGUAGAUAUGGAGGCUGUCAACUGGCAGCUGAACAGCACCCCUAUGAAUGGGCACUCUCCAACCCCAACCACAGCUCGUUUCCCCAGCUGGGUGACUUUUGAUGACAAUGAAGUAAGCUCUGCUUCCCUCCAGAACCUUUCUCCCUUGAAACCAGACACCCCACCAAUAGCAACGCAGACUGCAGAUGUGAACUGUAAUCUUGCUGCAUCCUUUAAGAAGAGGGAGCGCCCCAAGAGCACAUUGGUGGACCUCACUAAAGUUCAAAAGCUAGAUCUUUCCUCCUUAAGUAGGCUGCCUUCUGUUGGAACACCCUCCUGGAGUGCUACUAAUCCCUUCCUGGAUGAGUCUCUGAGAGAUGUCCAACCCUCACCCAUCAACCCGUUCAGCUCAUUCUUAGAGGAACGAGAUAGGCGUUCCCACAGCUCCUCUCUCUCCAGCGCUCCAGGCCAAAGCCAAAGAGACUCCCUUAUUAUCCUCUACCAAGAACCUGAUACCAUCAGCUUUGAUGAGUCAAGCAAAAACUUAACCCACACAGAUGCUGUCGAGCAGCUCAAGCAGCUCCGGAUUGGGGAUCCAGAUCACCUGAGCAGCCCAACUCUACCUGAUGAUGACCCCCUGAUGCCAUUUGAGGUGGAUGGCACAUUGUUGAACUUGGCUACAUCUCAGCCCAAGGAUGGCUGGCCAAUGAUGCUCAGGAUACCAGAGAAAAAAAACAUCAUGUCAUCUAGGCAUUGGGGGCCAAUCUACGUAAAGCUGACUGCAAGCGGGUAUCUACAGCUUUUUUAUGAGAAGGGACUGGAGAAGCCCUUCAAGGAAUUCAAACUUGAGAUCAGUCAUGAGAUUUCAGAGCCCAAGCUCCAAAACUAUGAUGAGAAUGGAAGGAUACACAGUGUGCGUAUAGACCGCACCAUCUACAAGGAGAAAAGGAAGUAUCAGCCUAAACCAGCAAUCAGCCACGCAGCAGAAAGGGAACAAGUGAUAAAGCUAGGCACUACUGAUUAUGAAGACUUCCUUAGUUUUAUCAGCGCAGUUCAGGAUAUACUAAUGGACUUGCCAGCCUCAUCAGCAGAUCUGAGCACAGUAGGAUUAAACUAUCAAGAGGAAGAAAUCACUGUUGAUGUCAAGGAUGAGUUUCAUGGCAUCUUGGCCAAAGGAGACAAUAGGAUUCUCCAGCAUAGCGUGCUGACACAUAUACAUGUUCUCAGCUUCCUUUCUGGCCUCGCAGAAUGCAGGCUGGGCCUUAAUGACAUCCUUAUAAAAGGGAAUGAAAUCGUUGCACGGCAGGAUAUUAUGCCCACCACUACCACUAAGUGGAUUAAGUUGUAUAACUGCCAGUUUCAUUCAUGUGUGGACGAGGAAAUGUUUAACAGCUCCCACGUUAUCCAGUUUAAUCCCUUGGAUGCCUGCCGAUUCGAGCUGAUGCGGUUCAGGACUGUGUUUGCUGAGAAGACUUUGCCUUUCACUCUGAGAACAGCAGCCACUGUCAAAGGUGCUGAAGUGGAGGUCCAGAGCUGGCUGAUGAUGUCCACUGGGUUCUCCUCCAACCGUGACCCUCUAACUCAGGUCCCCUGUGAAAACGUGAUGGUCCGCUACCCAGUGCCAAAUGAAUGGGUGAAAAACUUCCGCAGAGAAAGUGUCCUGGGAGAAAAGUCUUUGAAAGCCAAGGUGAACAAGGGUGCCAGUUUUGGAUCAACCAGCGUGUCUGGUUCUGAGCCAGUAAUGAGAGUAACUUUGGGAACUGCCAAAUAUGAGCAUGCCUUUAAUUCCAUUGUAUGGAGGAUAAACCGACUGCCUGACAAAAACUCAGCUUCCGGCCAUCCCCACUGCUUUUUUUGCCACCUGGAGCUUGGCUCUGACCGGGAAGUGCCUUCCAGUUUCGUCCGCUAUGUGGAUGUGGAGUUUGACAUGCCCACCACUUCGGCGUCCAAAGCCACUGUUCGGUCCAUUUCUGUAGAGGACAAGAGUGAUGUCAGGAAAUGGGUCAACUAUUCAGCACACUAUAGUUACAAGGUGGAAAUAGAACAGAAAAAGAACUUGAAUCUUGAUCUGAAGGGAGCAGAAAUUGAAAAUCCCAAGGAAUGUGCCAUGCAGUGAAGGAAGACUUGUCUGCAAGACCCAUGGGAGGAGCAGUAAUGUCAAUGGACCCAGCUGAAGAGAACUGCAACACAUAGCUUCUGCUGUAAGAAGUACAAAGCAGUACUUUUUUUAAAAAAUGCUCUUUAGUGUGACUGUGUCUUGAGUUUCCUGGCUCACUAUGAUCUGUAUUUUGGCAGGAGGUUCAUUGACGGUUUAUUUAGAAGAGCUUAGGGAUUUGCUGGAACAUUUUAAAUUCAUCCAAUGUAUUGACAGAAAGACUUACACUACAUUCAAGCCUGCCUUCCUUUCUGCUUCUUCACCAUUUACCUUUCUGCACUGAAGUAUGUUAUGUCGACAACUACAGCCAAAACAAAAAGCAACCCUGACCUCGCUUACAGUCUUCUCCUAUCAUUUGAAUGUUUUCUUGUAAACUGGUGGUUUGGUCAUCAGCAAAGCCUUUCCUUGUGAUCUGCAGAAUAAAACCUUUUGAGAGCUAAGCAAUGGGGGAACUGGGGAACAGCAAGGGGAAAAGUGGUGCAUGAAAAGGUCUUUCUUUUAUGAAAUAGUCAACAGAAUAAAAAUUUCCCUACAUCCAGAACAUAGUGAACACCAAGGAAAUAAACAACAAAUAAUAUAGCUGAUUAUCUGACUCUUCCCAAUCAUCUUUUCUUAUCUCAUCCUCUAAACCCAAACACUAAAGUAAUGCACAUUUUAAUAGGAUCUUGACUAGUCAUGAGAAAAAUUCAUUUGUUCUUAAGGUUUUCACUUGCUGGUCAGGUUUAUGCCAUUAGCUUGAUUGAACAUGUGAUAGCUGCUUUUAAUAGAAAGUGUGCAGUGGAUAGCAGGGAUAGAGCAGGGGCAUU